UUCUGUCUUUUGUUAAUCUACCUUAAAAUUUCCACCUAGCAUGAAUAUAAACAAGGGUUGUGGUCUUUUCCCAUCCCAUUAACAAAGAGAACAAGCUUAGAAAAUAUUGCAGAGAAAAUGGAAAGUGAGGCAAAAGCCAAUCAAUCUCUCAGUGUGGGGAGUGAAGUGGAGAAAGGAGUACUUGGGAAGGCAUAUUGCAAAUGUGGGGAAGGAUGGAAAUGUGAGAUCAAAAGAACUCAAGGCCCUGAUGCUGGCAAGACCUUUGUUAACUGUGGCAACAACUGUAUUUGUAUAAUAGAAGGGACAGGGGAAGGGGCAGUGAAGUUGGAGGAAUUGGCAAAGGAGGGGCAGUUUGAAGGUGCAUCUUGUGAGUGUGGAGAAGGAUGGAGCUGCACCAUCUCCAAGAUUGAUCAACAUCAGCCCAAGCCCUUUGCUAAAUGUGCUGGUGAUUGUUCUUGCAUCACUGUUGCUUGAGGCUCAAUUAAUGUUCCAAAUUGUAGUCUCUUCUAUGAAAAUCAUGUGUUCUUUUGUGUGUUUUGAUCUUGUUGAAUGGUCUAUGGAAAAUAAUUACGUGGUUGAACACUAUGAGGAGAUUUCUUUUGUGUACAAUGUAAUUUGGAUUCCAAAUAGAAUAAAUUAAGAACGUGUCUGAUAACCAUUUAUGAAA